UUCUGUUAUAUCUCAUAAUUUUAUCUCUCUUCUGUAAAUCUUCUUCUCUCUUCCUUUUUGCCCUAUAUUCUAGGGUUCUUCGCGUUUCAUGAAUCUCAGUCUUUGUCUUCUAUUCAACACCGUCUCUGCUCUGUUAGUCUCCGUCUACGUUCUCGUCCUCUCACCUACCUUCCUGGAGUUUCUUCCUACGGUGUUGGAAUUAUGUCUGGAAUCUUCAGAUUUAGUGGUGAUGAAGAUUUUUUCCCUGGGGGAUCAAUGCAUCUAUCGCCAGGGAGUUGUCCCGGCGUAUAUUUCCCAGCACGCAAGAGAUUGCGGAUUGCUGCACCGUCAGUUCAAAUCGGUUUUGAGCAAAAACAAACUUCAAUCGAAGUAUUGCCUGAUGAGUGUCUAUUUGAGAUCCUAAGACGCUUGCCUUCCGGCCAAGAAAGGAGCGCCUGCGCUUGUGUCUCCAAGCACUGGCUUAAUCUUUUGAGUAGUAUCAGCAGGAGUGAAGUGAAUGAGUCUGUUCAAGAUGUGGAGGGUGAAGGAUUUUUGUCAAGAAGUUUGGAAGGUAAGAAAGCCACAGAUUUGAGGCUGUCAGCGAUCUCAGUUGGGACAUCUACGCGCGGAGGAUUAGGGAAGCUUCAAAUCCGUGGGAGUGGUUUUGACAGCAAAGUGACAGACGUUGGCCUUGGAUCUAUUGCCCAUGGUUGUCCAUCUCUUAGGGUUCUAUCUCUGUGGAAUCUGCCUGCAGUUAGUGAUAUUGGUCUGUCUGAGAUCGCACGGUCAUGCCCGAUGAUCGAGAAACUUGACCUUUCACGAUGUCCAGGAAUAACCGACAACGCUAUGGUUGCAAUCGCCGAGAACUGCCUGCAUCUGAGUGAUUUGACAAUUGACUCGUGUUCUGGUAUUGGAAACGAGGGUUUAAGGGCUAUUGCACGACGCUGUACCAAUCUGAGAUCUAUCUCUAUCAGGAGCUGCCCACGCAUUGGAGAUCAAGGAGUUGCUUUCCUCUUGGCCCAAGCUGGUUCUUACUUGACAAAAGUGAAACUCCAGAUGUUGAACAUAACGGGUCUGUCUCUUGCCGUUCUUGGCCACUACGGAGCAGCAGUUACUGAUCUCGUGCUUCAUGGCCUUCAAGGUGUGAACGAGAAAGGCUUCUGGGUAAUGGCAAAUGCAAAAGGGAUGAAGAAACUGAAGUCCCUCUCAGUAAUGUCGUGCCGAGGCAUGACGGAUGUUGGGCUCGAAGCUGUUGGUAAUGGUUGCCCUGAUCUGAAGCAUGUAUCUCUGAACAAAUGCUUGCUUGUUUCUGGCAAAGGACUUGUCGCUUUGGCCAAAUCUGCAUUGUCGCUGGAAAGUUUGAAACUUGAGGAAUGCCACAGGAUCAACCAGUUUGGUUUUUUGGGCUUUCUCACGAACUGCGGUUCAAAGUUGAAGGCUUUCUCUUUGGCAAACUGUAUGGGCAUCCAGGACUUGAACCCGGAAUCACCUCUGCAGUUAACCGGUUGUAGCUCCAUACGGUCUCUGUCAAUCCGUUGCUGCCCUGGGUUUGGGGAUGCAAGUCUCGCUUUCUUGGGGAAGUUUUGUCAUCAGCUUCAGGAUGUUGAACUCUCUGGAUUGAAUGGAGUGACGGAUGCAGGUGUGCUCGAGUUGCUUCAGAGCAACAAUGUUGGUCUAGUGAAGGUGAAUCUGAGCGGAUGUAUCAAUGUAUCAGACAACACAGUCUCUGCAAUAUCCAUGUGCCACGGACGCUUUAUGGAGUCUCUUAACCUUGAUGGCUGCAAGAACAUCACUGAUGCAAGCCUUGUCGCAGUGGCCAAGAACUGCUACUCAGUUAGUGACCUUGACAUCUCAAAUACUUUGGUCUCAGAUCACGGGAUCAAGGCUUUGGCAUCUUCUCCCAACCACCUGAAUCUUCAGGUGCUUUCUGUUGGCGGCUGCUCAGCGAUUACAGACAAAAGCAAGGCAUGCAUACAAAAACUAGGCCGCACGCUUUUGGGGUUAAACAUCCAACGAUGUGGUAGAAUCAGCAGCAGCACUGUGGAUAACCUUCUGGAACAUCUAUGGAGGUGCGAUAUACUUUACUAAAAAAAAUACCACGUUUUCUGCAAAACCUUAGUAUCCAGUCAAGUCUUUUUCUAGGUUUUGGUCGCUAAACCCAUAGAUUUCACGUACAACUCAGUUUCUUUCCCAGAACGCAGCUGCUGUUUUUUUCAAAUUUUUAGCAGGUUCCUUCUAAACAAAGGAGCCUGUAUCUACAGCUGUUGUGUUUAUGGGAAUCCUGUGAGUGAGUGCUGGUAAUCUAGUUAGGGUUUGGUCUUGACCGUCUUUUUGGAGUUGUUGUCUCUCUAUGUCUUCGUCCUGUUCCGUCAAGUUCUUGUGGGAGUCCUUGUUCUCUGGUUUAGGUUUGUGAACGUGCCUUUAUCUUCGCCCCUGUAGAGCUUUUGGCAAUGGCGGUGUAACUUCGUAGCCGCCAUUACAGCUCUUCGGAGUUGUUUUUUUAGGUUGUGUUUCUGCCAAAAGCUCUGUUUUUUUUUUUCCACUUUUUUUGUUAAAGGCACUAUCUGUACUACUACUGAUCAUUGUAUAAGCUUCCCUGAACAUACUAUCCUUUGUAAUAGAACAAGAUCCUUGGAUCAUUUUGUUGU